AUGACAACCUCGCUCGCCGAUUUCAGCUCGGCCUUCGAGAAGCUCGAUUCGACUGGGAAGAACUGGUUGACCUUCCAGCAACGUUUUGAGAUCGCAGUCCGCCAGAAGAAGGUCUGGGGACACUUUGAUGGGACGUUGACCGUUCCAACGCCCGCCGCUGCGACCGCGCCUACGCAGGCCGAACAAGCUGCGAUCGAUGCCUGGCAAGAGAAGGAAGAUUUAGCUCGGUAUCUCCUAACGCAGAAACUUCCCGAUAUCACCUUCACAAAACAUCGCCGCAAGGGAACUGCAGCUGCCAUCUGGGCAGCCAUCGUCCAGGAGUUCUCCCAGAAGUCGAUGAUCCUUCGCGCA